UUUAACUUUGUUGGAAGAAUCCUUGGGCCCAGAGGACUAACAGCUAAACAGCUUGAGGCAGAAACAGGAUGCAAGAUAAUGGUCCGAGGGAAGGGCUCAAUGAGGGACAAAAAGAAGGAAGAACAGAACCGAGGCAAGCCCAACUGGGAACACCUGAAUGAAGAUCUGCAUGUACUUAUCACUGUGGAGGAUGCUCAGAACAGAGCAGAAAUAAAACUGAAGAGGGCUGUUGAAGAAGUAAAAAAGUUACUGAUACCUGCA